AACCAUAUCUUUUUAUCUGUAGAAACACCGGCUCCCGGUACAAAACACAUUAACACAUUAUGGCCGCAACUUUCAACAGACUCUUUCAAGAGAAUCUUUUAGCGGGAAUCAAAACUCCAAAGUAAACAAUUAUUAUUUGAUUUUAACAGGAUAUAUACAUUUAAGUAAACACGUAAAUUGGUAUCAUCAGUUUCUUUUUUAAAAUGUCAAGAAGAAAACAUAGCCCCCUGUGGCUUCAUUUUACAGAGGAUAUUGAUAAUAAAAAAGCAAAAUGCAACUACUGUUCAACUUUGAUAAGUAUUGCGGGAGGGUCAAAUAGUAAUUUAACUCGCCAUAUGAAGACUAAACACGCAUUGAUUCCAUUACUUGUAGAACGACAAACGCCGGUAUUACCUGAUUUGAAUACACUUGAACCAAACCAAGGCACACGUGAAUUGGACAAUAUAAUUUCAGUACAAUCAAGCACAGUCAACACCCAACAAUCAAUGAAUCGGUAUAUUCGCAGACCGGCGCCAAUUCGAAAAGUUGAGCAAAUUGACAAACAACUGGUCAAGAUGGUAGCGAAAGGUCAUCAUGCGUUAAGGAUUGUAGAGGAACCGGACUUUCGUAAGUUAAUUGAAUUAGUUUCGCAAUGCCCAGGCUACAAAUUACCAUCAAGAAAAACGUUAACAAAAAAUUUAAUGCCAACUGUACAUAAUGACCUAAAAGACGUAAUUAAAAAAAAAGUACAAGCAGUACCGGCGUUGUCUCUUAGUACUGAUGGUUGGACAUCUAGAAAUAACGAUAGCUAUAUAGCUGUUGUAGCCCAUUUUAUAGACGAAGAAACUAAACUACACUCAGGAUUACUCGGGUGCAUUAAUUAUAAUGAGCGACAUACCAGCCAAAAUUUGUGCAAAUUUUUAAAACAUAUUAUGAUAGAAUGGGACAUUUCCCACAAAGUUACCGCUAUUGUUAGCGAUAAUGCAGCAAAUAUCUUAGCAGCUGUCAGACUUGGCGAAUGGCGAUCUAUCUCAUGUUUCGCUCAUUCCCUAAAUCUUGUUGUCCAAGAAGCUACAAAAGUGAUUUCUGACGUUUUAGGGAGAGUAAAAAAUAUUGUUGAAUUUUUUCAUCGUAGUACACAUGGCAAAUAUAAAUUGGCUGCUGUGCAGCAGCCUGUUUUACAGACCUCGAGAAAAAUAUUUUUCAGACGGGUUAAAAAAGCUGGAGCAUCGCUGGGUCAAGUGUAUUGA